AUGGUAGAAAUAUAUGAUGAGUUAAUGGACGAUUCAAUAAGCACCGAAGAAUUAAUGUUAGAUCAUCAAGGAAAAGAAAAACUCAGCUAUAAAGAUCUAAAGAAAAGAAUGUGGAAAGAUCAUAUGUUUAUGAAGAAAUUCAAAGAAUCAGCAACAAAAAAGAAAAAAGUAACAAGUAAUUCAAGAGGGGAUACUUCAAACAAUGCAGAAUCGGAAUCAAGCAGAAAUGAAAAAUCGAGGCGAAAAAAGCUCUUAAGAGCUCAAGAUUCAAUCUUGAAGUACAUGGUAAAAAUGAUGGAAGUUUGCAAUGCUAAAGGUUUUGUAUAUGGGAUCAUACCGGAAAAGGGAAAACCGAUGACCGGAUCAUCGGAUAGUUUAAGAGAAUGGUGGAAAGAGACGAUUAAGUUCGAGCAGAAUGCACCGGAAAAUGUGCAGCAGAGAUUAGCAGUUUUUUCAAGUGAUGCGGCCUCCUUUUUGCAUUUGUUGCAGGAAAUUCAGGAUUCCACUUUAGGGUCGAUUUUAUCUGCACUUAUGCAGCAUUGUACGCCUCCUCAGAGGAGGUUUCCUCUUGAUAGGGGGUUGCCACCCCCGUGGUGGCCCACGGGGGAAGAAGUUUGGUGGGGCCAACAAGGGGCGGUGGUUGUUGAACACGGGCCACCGCCUUAUAGAAAGCCCCAUGAACUUAAGAAGGCAUGGAAAAUAAGUGUUUUGUCUGCGGUAAUUAAACAUAUGUCAUCUGAUUUGAACCAUGCUUUAUGGCUUGUUAAGAAAUCUAAAAGUCUUCAAGCUAAGAUGACGGCUAAGGAUACUGCCUUGUGGUCGAAAAUUAUAGGUAAAGAAGCUCUUGUUGAUGGUGAUGACGAUGAUGGGGAUGGAAUUAGUUCUAAUGAAAGCCUAAUAAUUCAGUCUGAUAUUCACGGUUGUGUUGGCGUGCACGGCCGUGCAUUUAGUUCUAAUGAAAGCCGAAGAAUUCAAUCCGAUAUGCACGACCGUGUUGAAGUGCAUAACCGUGCAAAUAUGUGCAAUCGUGCAGAAGAGCGCGACCAUGUAGGAGAGAUAAGAAAAACAUUAGAAUGGGUGAACAAUAAGGAUGUUACAAUGGCUACAAAUGAAGAAUAUCAAGAGACUUAUAGCCAAAGACGAACAAUUCAGUCUAAUAUGCACGAUCGUGUUGACAUGCACGACCGUGCAAACAUGUGCAAUCAUGUAGAAGGGCGCGGUCGUACCGAAGAGGUAAGAACAACAUUAGAAUUAGUGAACAAUAAGGAUGUUAUAAUGACUACAAAUGAAGAAUAUCAAGAGACUUAUAGCGAAAGGCAAGUGUAUGAGAAAAUACAUUAUUGGGAAAAUAGUUUUGCACAUAUGAAUUUGGAUACUCAUUAUCAUCUUCAUAAUAUGGACCUUAAUAAAUUUCCUAUUCAAGAGCUUGAAGAAGAUAUGCAUAAAGAAAAUGAGUUUGUUGUAGGAACUUCUAUUUGGGAUCUUCCAUAUCAAGAGCCUGAUGAUGAUGAUUAG